AUGUCCGCCAGAGUCAGCACAUCUCCUCCCUACACCAUGUCCUCCAUGAUCAUCUACGCCAUCUGGUCCUCUCCUCAGAAGGCCAUGACCUUGUCAGAGAUCUGCCGUACCCUGGAGUCCAUGUUUCACUUGUAUGACGGCAACGACAGAGUCUGGUACGACAAAGUCCGCAACGCGCUCUCCAAGUACUCCCACUUCAUUAAGAUGGACCAUCCCAGAAGUACCAGGGGAAAGCUGUGGACUGUGGAUCUCGCUUUGGUUCCUCUGACGUCAUUCCGGAAGCAGACGACAAAGAGAGAUUCCUUCGAUGAUUGGCCGAAUCACCUUCACCAGUAUCUGGGAGUGCCUGAGAUUGAUCUCCGUGAAGUUGUGUCUACCGAUGCCACCUCUGCUUGUGUUCAGCCUUCCAGUGUUGUGUCGUCUGGACUUAGUUUUGGCAUCGACCGCAUUCUCAACAUGUCUCCUAAAUCCACCAAACACUCACCUAAACCGUCAACGCCAUGCGAAGAUUUCAACACCAGCUGUGACUCUUUCUGUAGUGUGUUUGAUUCAACAUUUGAGGACAGUGAUAUGCUUUCACGUGAUUCUGUUCAUGAACUUUCUUACUCGUCCAUAGAACGGUGCCGAGGAUAUUCCGAUGCGUCAUCAUCACAAGAUAUACAAGACUUUGGUCACUCUACUCGGAUCCUCUCCGACACAAGCAUCGUCUCACUGGAAGUUCCCUGCUCACCCAUUGAACCUGAACUCUCCCAAGAAGACAUCUUCGCAGGCGUUGACGAACUUCAGUCUAUGUUGGAACCAGAUGACGUCAUCGAUUUCGCGCCAGCCGGGGACUUUGGUGUUGUAUUACCAGCGGAGAGCCACAGCCUGUCCGCUUUGGAGUCGAUCAUGGACUUUGUCAUUCCUACUCAGUGCUCGGGUGACCUCUUCUCGGAAUUUGAGCCGUACCUACGGGAUCUCAGCGACUAA